AAGCUAGGUACGCUGGCAUAUUGCCAAACCCGGCGUAGCAGCAUACAUGAAGGUGCCCCGCAAACUUGGUGUUCUGCAAACGGUAUUAGGUAGAAGUUAGUACGCUAGUAGUACUAUUAAGUAGCGAGGAAGCGAUCGACAGAAGCGCCCAUAAAGGUAGACUCCGCUAACACUUACGUUUGACUAGAACCUUCUCAUCAGAUAAAAACUGUGUGUAGUCCAAUAGGUCAGCACCGUAAAUCUUCCUGACAAUAGCGGAUUCAUAAUCUCUGUUGUUUUUAAGAGGAUAUCUCUUGUAACGGGUCUGCCAGGCAGCGUUCGCUCACCUUGAGCCGCUGGUAGCUCUGAAGCUGUUCCACCGCUCCAUCGUAUCUCACGAUACCCCACUCCCUUUUACCAUAGAAGCUGGCAUGCUUCGACGCGUUUGGAAGCCAGCCGCAGGUGCAGCUCUGUUGGUGGGAGCUCCGACCUAUUACUACUACUGCCGGCGUUCCAAAUCAUCCACCAAAGAAACCUUCGAUCUCUCUGUUAGAGUGCAAGGUCCAGACGGAAAGCCAACGAGGGAAAAGCGUGUAAUGCCAUUGUUACCCAAAGAUCAGAUUGAAGCACGACUGAAGGAGCAUGCGGAAACUGUGAGGACGCAACGGCCUGGAGGUAUCAUCUGGAACCAACACACUGCCUACCUUGCGGCGAAUGCUCCCAUUGAAGAUGCGCACGCGAGCAACAUCGUAGAGAGGGACCUUACGGACCCAUCUGCUCCGGGGGACCUUUUAUUUUACGCUGUCAUGGAUGGACAUGGCGGAUUUCAUACGUCGCGACUGCUUUCGCAUAUUCUCCUCCCUGCUGUGGCAUUAGGUUUCUCGACCCUAAUCAACGAACCAAGUUCUGUUGUACCCAAGGGCAGUUUUCUUCAGGAUCUAAUCUCAAGAUUGAGAUUGAAACCCUCCGCUGCACCACCAACACCGUUCGAUUCCAAUCCGAGCUACGUGUCCUCCGCAAUCCAGACGGCUUUCCAGACCGUGGAUGCUGAGAUAAUCGAUGCUCCCCUUCGACUAUUGGCUCAAGAAUUGUCCAAAAAACAGGAUUCGAAGGGUCUUCCUGAUCUCAGUCAACAUACCAUGGCCCUUGCAUCAAUGCUACCCGCGUUGUCGGGAAGCUGCGCUCUUUUAGCACUCAUCGACACCGCACAUCGCAACUUGUACGUCGCAUGCACCGGUGACAGUCGAGCAGUCGCUGGUGUUUGGGAAGAAUCCGAAGAUGGUAAAGGCUCUUGGCGAGUGGAUGUACUUACGGAUGACCAAACCGGCCGCAAUCCGAACGAAUUAAAAAGAAUGCAGUCAGAGCACCCGUCAGAUGAAGCAGAAACAGUCAUUGUGCGAGGUCGAGUCCUCGGCGGGUUGGAACCAAGUCGGGCAUUCGGAGAUGCACGGUACAAAUGGUCUCGGGAAGUCCAAGCUAUUCUUAACAAAGUGUUCUUGGAAGGAAAUAAGGUACCGAUGCGUUCCACUCCCCCCUUGUUGAAAACACCUCCAUAUGUCACGGCCCGACCCGAAGUCACCCACCGCAAACUCGAUUUUCUACCCGAUCCGACGAACAAAGACGGUUUUCCCAAAUCCAAGUCUGCACUGCGCUUCUUGGUUCUAGCAACAGACGGUCUAUGGGACGAGCUUUCAUCGGAAGAUGUUGUCUCCCUGGUGGGAGGUUUCCUAGCAGGUCUCAGAGGCACCAUCUCUAAGUCCAGUCUUUCCAAACUCGUACCAACAGCUUCCGGUUCGACUGUCGAGGGCAAAGACAAACGUCGACGAGAUAAUGCUGGCUCAUGGGCAUUCGUCGAUGAUAACAUCAGCACACACCUCAUCAGGAAUGCUUUCGGUGGAGGAGACGAAAUGAAGUUACGACAGAUGCUCAGCAUACCUGCCCCCCUGUCAAGGAAUUACAGGGACGAUGUGACUUGUACAGUCGUCUUUUGGGAAGAGGGUAAAGAGGAGGCGGUUCAGGCCGCAACGUUCUCCGCGGAAGAGCAGGAAGAGAAGAGUGUCCGGGCGAAGCUAUGAUUGCGUAUUGAGUCUUCUAGCCAGUCCUUGGAUUACUUGAUGUAUUGCUAUUACAAUCUGCAAUCUGAGUGUAAAAUGCAGAAUUCUGAGGGAAAAAAACAACAGAGCAGAAGUGAGAGUCCUAACCCUGAUC